AUUUUUUUUUUUAGGGUUUUAUGAAAAAAAUUACCUUUUAUCGUAAAGAUGUCGGAAAGAAAAUUAAUCAAGUUGAACAAACAUGCAAGGUAACGCUAUAGUAUAAUUUUCUAAAUAUGUGAAAUACUAUGCUGGUCGAAUAAUCAUAACGUAAUAAUAUACUCGUCCUUAUCAUGAAAAUUAUUAUAAUUUGAAUUCAAUUUAUUAGAAUUUUCAAGGAAUAAACACGGCUUUGCCGAAAUAUUUUGUUUUAUAUAUUUCUAAAAUGUGUUAAAAAUUAUAUCACUAAAACUGAAAUCAAACACGAGUCCAAUAAUGAUGAGAAACAUUUCUAAACAAUUUUAGAAAUUAUUUUGUAAGCAGUGAAAAAAUUAAAUUCACACUGAAUUUCACAAAUGUUUUUAAAAUAAAAAACAAUUUGCAUCAUAUCUAUAUACAUUAUACAAAGAGAUUCACUUGUAUGUGGAUACACUCAUUAUCUCGGGAAUUAUUUACUUUUUUAUAAUUUGUUUUUUAGAUCAUUUAGCUCCAAAAAAAUUUUUAACAAAAUAUAAAAUUAAUGUAAAAUCGUUUAACUGCUUUUUACCCACAUUAGACAUAAAAAAAAAAAACUUAAUACACUAUCCAAAAUGUGUUCACAUUGGAUUCAUAUUUAUUUUAAGACAAGAAUAACAUUUUUGAUUUCUCACCUUCUCUUUUUGUUCAUUUUUUUAAGAGGUUAAAUAAUUUAAAUUAGGUCAUAAUAAAUUAACACCUUCUGGUGACAAGAAUAAGUUAAACUUAUCUACAUCCCUACAAUUGAAUCUACAGUUGAAUUAUGUUGUACGCACAUGUAUUUAGGUUAAUAUAAUCACCAAGAAAUCAUUUAGCGAAUACGUACAGAAAUUAUUGUCUCCUAAAUAUACUCCUCAAUUCUUAUUUGACAAAAAACGUAGCAAUUCUAGAGAGAAAAAAAAAGAUCUAAAUUAUGUAAAUGAUGCCGAUAUCCCAAAAUCAUUCGAUGCAAGAAAACGGUGGAGUCAUUGUACCAUAAUUGGAGAAAUCUUAGAUCAAGGAAUGUGCGGAAAUUGCUGGGUGAUUAUUUAUAACAUUAUUUAGCAAUAUUUAUGUGGCUUAGUGUAACUAUUCACUAUUGUUUUAAAACUCUAGGCGGUUACUACUAUUGCAGUAUUUUCAGAUCGAUUAUGUAUAGCGACAAAGGGUCAAAUUAACAAACACCUAUCAAUUGAACAGUUGACAUUUUGCUGUGAAGGUUGUAUUGAAAGUGGAUGCAUAUUGGGCUGUAGUAAUUUCACUGCUUGGCAACAUUUAAUAGAUCACGGUGUUGUCACGGGAGGAAAUUACAAUACAACCGAUGUAAAUUAAAUAAUUCACAAUUAUUAUGAUAUUCUAAUCAUAAAUACUUGAGUAAAUUAUAGAUAAUUUUAAAUCGUACAAUUUCGAUAGGGAUGUCAACCGUAUAAAGUAAUGCCUUGUUUCAACGACAUGGGAAAAAAUAUAUGUGCAGGGCGACAAAAAACCAAUCACGAAUGUAUCAAAGGUUGUUACGGAAAUCCGUCAAUUGAUUUUGAAAAAGAUCAUUGGAAAGGUAAGGUUAGGUUAGUUAGGCAAUAAAAUAUUAUAUUAUCCAUAUCAUAUUUACUUAAUAUAUCCACUAAUUUGUAAUUCUUGUAUGAUAAUCAAAAAAUGGGUAUCGUUUUUCUCUUUGAGAUUCAGGUUUUAGCAAGAUAUAUAUUUUAUUAGAAAGACGUUUUAUUUUACUUUUGUCGGUAAGAACUUGUAUCCCUGAAUAGCAAAUCAAUAAAAAAACAUGACAAAACAAUUUGUCUUGUUGUAUUUGCCGAAUUACUUUUCUAGAUGGUGCUUAGAAAGUUUCGAUAUUUAUUUUUCAAAAAGUUUUCAUGGAAAAUAAGCAAAAAAUCGGAAGAAAUUUCAAUGAAGAAUCCUGUCUAAAUAAUUUUAUUAUUUUUAAUUAAAAUUUACUCCAUUUUUUGACUUAAACCUCAUCCUGUAUCUUUUUUUGAGCAAAGCAUUUUUUUUUGGAAUGAGACUCUUAUUUCGGCAGUGAUAUGAGAAAGUUUUUUUUUUAAUAUUUUCUGUUGCUUAUUUUCUUACUUAUAGUUUUACAUAGAUGUUUAUUAUUAUUAUAUUUCUUUUGGACAAUUUUUUUAACAGCAUAUUCGUUCAAACUUAUAAUUAUAGCAGAUUUUGGACAGAAAACCUUACUGGGAGGGUACUUUUGAAUAUUCAUUUUUAGAUUUUCUCAAGAUUUCUCUCAAGAUAUAUAUAUUAUUGACAAUGCAGCAACUGUCGACUGAACUCCGCGCAGAAUUAUUUUUUUCGUUAGCAAUUGUUUAACGUUAGUUAAAAUUGUACAUUAAAUAACCUAGAACAAUAGGUGCACCCGACUUCAUUAUCAUAGGACGUUUUUUUUUCUCUUAUUUUUUGUAUAGUUUAGUUAAUUAUUUGGUGCAUUUGUAUGGAAAUCGUAGGAAUAAUAAAUAGAUAUCGUUUUUAAUGAAUUUUUAAUCUUAUUGCUGAGCAUCGGUCGUUUAAUGACUUUCCAUGUAGUUUUAUUAGUAAUACACAAAAUUAAACAGAACGAGUAGUCUAGGGUUAAUUUUAUUAAAAAAAAUCGUAAUAACUUUAAAUUUCGAAAGAAAUCUUAUAUUUUUGUUUUCUAGGUGUGGCAACAUUUCUAAAUUAAUAUAGGGAAUGUUAGUUACAUAUAGUUAUUUUUUAUGUUUUCGAGUGUUUUUAUUUGGUUGGUACUAUGCGAAAAGGACUAUUUGACAAACAUUUUUAACACGAGCUCAUUACACGCUGUACGUAGUAAAAAAAUACAAUUGAUCCAAAUAUAAUAAAUUUUUAAUGUUUUUUUUGUAAGCGUUCUAAAAUCAAUUUUCGACAAAAAAUCCUAAUAAUGCAACAAAGAAAAUAUGUACAUGUACAAAUGAAAUAUGCACAGAAUCGUUUUUCAUUGUUCGUUUAUCCUUACUUUCAUUUAUUAAUUAAAUAACUGUAUUUAUAAAACCUUUCCAAUCUUCCAUUUAUUUUAUUAACAUCAUUAUUAUUUUUCUUUACGGAAUUUUGAUUUUCCAGCUAAAGAUGCAUAUUAUCUCAGCUAUGAAAAUAUGCAAAAGGAUAUUUUGUUGUAUGGACCAAUUCAAGUAUUUAUUUAUGUACAGGAAGAUCUUUCAUUUUAUGGAUGUGGUAACUUUUAGAAAUAAAUAUUCUUUUUUUGAUAUUAUUACAAAAUUUAAUUUUCUUAUUAGGUAUUUACCGAAAAUCUUCAGAUACCGUAUACUACGGUCCACAUAGUGUUAAGGUAAUCGGUUGGGGUGAAGAAAAUAACGUAAAGUACUGGUUAUGUGUUAAUUCGUGGGGUAAAUACUGGGGGGAGAACGGGUUAUUUAAAAUUUAUAGAGAUACAAACGAGUGUUCGAUUGAAACUUUUGCAUAUGCAGGCAGACCGUUAGUUUUUGAAAAAAAUGGGAUUUAUUAUCCGUUUGAACCACCACAAAAAAAAAAUAUAUUCAAACGAUUGUACGAUGGAAAAUAAGGUGAAAGUAGAUUCUAUUUUAUUUUAAUUUUGUUU